UUUUCUGCACGUCACUCCCGGAAGUGAUGUUGGGCAGAGUGUGUCUGCCCAUAGCUUAGGCUCCAAGAGACCCGGGGCAGAGGGGCCAGCUGUAACCGACCGGAGGGCAGCCAGCAGGGGAGCCGCCCUAACCCUGGAGCAGCCCGGCUGGGAUGAAGUAGAACAAUGAAUGCAGUGACCUAGAACCUAGUGUGCCCCCUUGGAGGGACUGGAGAAGAUGGAGAGGCAGAUAAGUACGGAGGGUCAUGGACUUGCCACACCAGUACACCCUUAUUGCAAUAACUCACAUGAAAGGAGUGGCGCACACCUUUCCAGACCAGGAAACAACUGUGGCCUUUCUGCUUGUGGAAAUGUAAGACAUGCAACUGAACACAAUGGUGACGGAUCACCAGACACAGUAUCAGGGGUAUUCAGAAACAAUCCGUUUCUUGUGCCUAAGCAGAGUUGCUUCCAUGAUUCUGACCAAGAUCCACAACAUAGUGAAGUGGCUGGAGAGGUGUGGACUAAAGAAUUUCUCUCCAGUAUUAUAACGGAAGAAUCUAAACCACAGAAAGAAUCUUCAGCUCGUGAAGGUCAAGCAUCGCCAUUACCUGGUAACUCUAAUUGUGGGUGUAUUAGUGGGAGUACUGGAUCGGUUGGUGGUACAUACUCUGAUAUUGGAGAUCAUAACUGCAGCCAGGACUGCCAGCAUUUUUCUUGCUAUCAGCGGCAGUCAUUGGACGAGGAAGGAGGUGAACAUGACUUUUCUGGGAGACUAGCAGAGGAUGAUCCUUGCAAGGGCAUAGGUGGAAGAAGAGGUCGUAGAGGUAAAACCCGCAACAAUUUAAGGGACGAGUCCAAAAAGGAUGGUCGCCAAGCUCCAUCUAGCGGCAAGCACAAAAUAGGUCGCAAGAAAAAUCAUGGAGAUGGGAGACACCAGCUGAGAUCCCUUGUUCCUCAACCAUUGCUUCAGUUUUCAAAUUAUUGUAUUCAGGUGCUUAUCGAUCUGGUGCUGUUGAUAGGGGAAUGUGUGGAGUCUCUCGGCAUGAUGUUGUAUAUCAGGGUCUGGCUUCCUGCUCACGAUUUAGGCAGUGUAAAAAGUCAAUUAUUGGCCUUUGGAAUAUGGGUAAAACUUCGUGCUAAGGAUUUUUUGGUCCUUGUUUGCUGUUGUGGAUCAUGGAUUUUACGUGUUCUUAAGAUGUUGUGUGCUCUGCUCUUCCUGCUGCUUAUGCUCUCAGUGCGCUGUGCUCGACUUUGUUGGCAGUAUAUUAAGAAAACAAUGGACAAAGUUGGAGAAGAUAGUAACUGGAGAUCUCGGAUAUCUGCUAGGUUACGUACAAUCUGGGCCAUAGUAACACAAAACAGGACCUGUAAGCGUAUAGUCAGUGUGCUCAGAAGAUGGACAGGGAAAAUAUGGCCUUCCAAGUUAACUACACACAAAAAAUCUACAUGGGCCUCAGCAGGAUCGCCUAGCGCAGGAGGCCGCUUCCAGCCCAGAGAGGAAGUAGAACGAUUGCUUUCUAUGGUUGAUAUUCCAGAGGAGGACCUAAAUCCAUUUCAAGUGUUGGGAGUAGAGAUGGAUGCUAGUGAUGUAGAGCUUAAAAAAGCUUACCGGCAGCUGGCCGUAUUGGUUCACCCAGACAAGAACAAUCACCCUCGCGCAGAAGCAGCUUUUAAGGUUUUACGCGCUGCCUGGGAUACAGUCAGUAACCCGGACAAGAGAAAAGAGUAUGAAAUGAAGCGAAUGUCUGAAACUGAGCUGGCCAAGUCUAUGAAUGAAUUUCUUACCAAGCUUCAAGAUGAUUUAAAAGAGGCAAUGAACAGCAUGAUGUGCAGCAAAUGUCAGGGAAAGCACAGGAGAUUCGAAAUGGACCGGGAUCCCGCCAGUGCUCGCUAUUGUGCUGAAUGUAGUAAAAUGCAUCCAGCAGAAGAGGGAGACUUCUGGGCAGAAUCAAGUAUGCUGGGACUUAAGAUCACCUAUUUUGCAAUGAUGCAGGGCAAAGUGUUUGACAUAACAGAGUGGGCGGGAUGCCAACGUGUUGGAAUCUCACCAGACACUCACCGGGUUCCAUAUCACAUUUCAUUUGGCUCAAGAAACCCUACAAACCCAGGACGACAAAGAGCACCAUCAGAAAGCAAUCCGACCAAUGUUGCUGAUUUACAGAAUCUCUUGAACAGGAUAUUCCAAGGCUCUCCUGGUCAGAUGCCAAAUGGGAACAUCUUCACACCUCCUCAGCAGCCGCAGCCACCACCACCACCACAUGGAGCUCAGUCUCCUCCUGCCCCUUCUAAACCUGACACUACAUCCAAGAGUGAAACAAAGUCCAAGAGAAAGAAGAAAAUGAGACGCCCCGUACAGAGAUGAGCAUCCUCCAUACAUCCAAACUCUAAAUGUGAAGUCUGGAAUAAGGGGCAAAGAUGCACAACUUUCUUCAGUCUAUUAAGUGUCUAGUGGUUUCACGUCAGGCUGCAGUACACUGACCGGAACCGAGCUGUCAAGGGCUUUAAAUACCAUUCAAAAGAAAUUGUCUUCUUUAAUUUUUAUUCUUCGAUUUGCAGUGGGGACCAGAGUAGGUUUCAUUUGCAGGUACCUUUUUAAAAGAUCAGUUAUUUUAUUUUAUUUUUAAUAAAAAAGAAACCUUAUCUACUCGUCAUACCAAAGAUACCUGGUGUAGAAAUCCUUCUGGAGAGAGAAAGAGAGAGAGAGAGAGAGGGAGGAAGACAUUGCUGUGCAUCUAGUCUACGGGGCGGCAUGGACUCCAGUAGAAUGUGCAGACAUGCAUCUGCAUAGGAAUUUCUGUCUCUCCUAGGUUCAUACAGAGGAUCUGGGAAACUACAGUGGUUUUGCUUUGGUUGCCCUUUUGCCAGGUUAAAGAAAUUGCUGUGAAUUAUAUAAUUCUCCAUAAAAACAAAGCAAGUAAACACAUUUUCUUUUUUUUUCUUUCUUUACAUCAUACAUGGUAAUAGACAAGUUAAAACAGGGGCAGGCAUGCUGCCAUUAUUUUAAUUUUUUUUCCUAAUAGUUUUUCUGUUCUUUUUGCUAACUAGGUAACCAUUGCUGUGCACCGCGUUAGAAGUCACAGUGAUCUGACCAUAUAGGUAGAAUAAGAUUGAAGGUGCUUGAGAGGGUUAUCUGACAAAAAGGUUUUUAUUACUAUUGUAAUGUGGUGUUUUUAAAACGGUGUCUCCAGCUGUUGCAAAACUACAACUCCCAGCAUGCCCGGACAGCCUUUGGCUGUCCGGGCAUGCUGGGAGUUGUAGUUUUGCAACAGCUGGGACACACUGUUUGGGAAAUACUGCUGUAAUGUCAGAUGGGGGGCUGCUCCUAGGAUACAUUCUGGUCUUGAGGACAAGGGUAUUUUCCUUCUUUUUAUUAGGUGCCUACUAGAGAUGAGCAAAGUUAGUGAUUUGAUUUGUCACGAACUUCUCGGCUCGGCGGUUGCUGACUUCAUCCUGCAUAAAUGAGUUCAGCUUUCAGGUGCUCCGGUGGGCUAGAGACUCUCUCCUAGGACUGUAUCCACCUUUUCCAGCCCACCGGAGCACCUGAAAGCUGAACUAAUUUAUGCAGGCUAAAGUCAGCAACCGCCGAUCCGAGAAGUUUGUGACGAAUCGAAUUACUGUAACUUUGCUCAUCUCUAGUGCCUACACAUCUUAUUGCAAUUGGUGGGAAUUGCAGAAACCUAUUUGUUAGCUGUCCACUGUAAAGGUAGGCCUUCCUAUUAAUGAUUCUACUGUGAUCCUAGCAGCCAGGCAAUGCAACUCCUGUCAAAUGGUAGUGUCUGGUAUUGCAGCUUAGCUCCAUUGACUUGACUUGUUAUUAAGCUGCUAUAUCAAAAUGGCCUUCUGAAGGCCGUGGAGAAAAAGCAGACCCUUUUAAAGGGCUAGUCCAGUGGUGAAAAACGUAUCCCCUAUCCUAAGGAUAGGGGAUAAGUUUGAGAUCGCGGGGCGUCCAAUCGCUGGGGCCUCCUGCGAUCUCUCUGUACAGGGGCCAGGCUCUCCAGCCAGAUAGCGGGUGUCGACCACCGCACGAAGCGGCGGCCGACACGCCCCCUCAAUACAUCUCUAUGGCAGAGCCGGAGAUUGCCGAAGGCAGCGCUUCGGCUCUGCCAUAGAGUUGUAUUGAGGGGGCGUCGGCCGCCGCUUCAUGCGGAGGUCGACACGCCCCAUUCCCGCGGGCUGUAGGGCUCCGUACAGGAGAUCGCGGGGGGCCCCAGCGGUCGGACCCCCCGCGAUCUGCAACUUAUCCCCUAUCCUUAGGAUAGGGGAUAAGUUGUUCACCACUGGACUACCCCUUUAAGCUCCUAAAAGGAAAGUUAAUUCAAGAAUACUAUUGUAGCACAACAUAUACCAUCCUUCCUGGACUUUUCUGGAGAAAAUGGCAAUUUGAGGUGUUUCUUAUAAACCCUCAAAGGGUUAAAUCAAUGACAAUUCUAAUCU